AUGAUGAAACUUCGAUCGGUGUUAUGUCCUCGCCUAUGGACAAUAUGGCUGUUAUUCGUCUGCCACGCUUGCGCGUUCUACAUACCAGGUUACUCUGUCACGCGCUAUAACGACGACGAACCCAUUCCCCUCCUCGUCAACAAGAUCUUCUCGGACCACACGCAGCUACAGUAUGCCUACUUUGAUCUUCCGUUCGUGUGUCCGCCAAGUGGGAAGAGUCACGGUGGCUCGCCGUUCGGCUCAGGAAAGAGUGUCUCGCUCAACCUGGGAGAGAUCCUCCGCGGCGAUCGCAUCAUGACCUCGGAUUUUGAGCUUCAUAUGGGGAGGAAUGUGGAAUGCCAGAAACUCUGUACGGUGGAGGUGGGACGGAAGGACGUAAAAUUGGGCCGGCAACUGAUCAGGGAAGGAUAUGUGGCUGAAUGGAUUGCGGACAAUUUGCCUGGAGCAACGAGUUUCGUCACGGUUGACCGUAGCCGCAAAUACUAUGCCACCGGAUUCAAGAUUGGGGACCUGGACUUUUCACCCGGCACCGGCAAGCCACGUUAUUUCAUCAACAAUCAUUUCAAUAUAGUCAUCCGCUGGCGGAGUGCUCCGGAAGGAGGAAAGGUGGUGGUCGGUUUUGAGAUCUAUCCGAAGAGCAUCACAGCCAGCAAUUAUGAGGAAGACGGAUGUCCUAAACAAGUGCAUGGCAAACAUGAGGGUCUGGAACUAUACAUUGCUCCGAAUCUGUCGAGGCUGAAGGAGUUGUAUCCUGAAUCCUCGUAUCUUCCCAAGGAGGAUGAUGAGAUAGACGAUGGUGCCACGCUGAAGAUCCCAUACAGUUACUCGGUCUACUUUAAAGAAGAGCCUGGUAUCGAGUGGUCGAAUCGCUGGGACCUUUACUUCAAUAAUCAAGGCGAAAGUUCGGUGACACAUUGGCUGGCAGUUCUGAACUCUUUGAUCAUAUCGGGUGUGCUCGGUGUGGCGGUCUAUGUGAUCUGGGGAAGGACGGUGCAAGGAGAUAUCAAGGGACUCGGAGACGGCGCUAUGGAGGAUGGUAAGAUCAAAUUACGCUCCAAGUCAGUCGAGAAGAACGGAGAAGGCCUCCUGGAUCAAGGCACGGAUGUUGAGCGGGAUGCCGACGGAUCGUCUGAUGACGAAGCUCUGGAAGAUGUGAGCGGGUGGAAGCUUCUCCAUGGAGACGUUUUCCGGGUGCCCGAGUAUAGCGGUCUGCUAGCGCCAUUGGUGGGCUCAGGCAUGCAGUUCUUCUUCAUGUUUUCCGGGCUGUUGAUCCUCAGUUGCUUGGGUGUCUUAAAUCCCAGUUUCCGAGGUGGAUUUGUCAGUGUGGGCAUGGGGUUGUUCGUCUUUGCAGGCCUUCUCUCCGGAUAUUUCUCUGGGAGAUUGUACAAGACUUUUGGAGGUGUCCAUUGGCGAAAGAAUACCCUCAUCACAGCUCUUUUCUUCCCCGGAUUGAUCUUUUGCCUCAUCUUCAUCCUGAAUCUUUUUGUCUGGGCACAAGCGUCGAGUACGGCCAUUCCUUUCGGGACAUUGGUCGGUCUGCUUGCGUUAUGGCUUCUCAUUCAAGUUCCCCUGGUAUACCUUGGCAGCUGGUACGGCUUCGUGCGAGCGAAACCGUGGGAACACCCGACCAAGACGAACUCGAUCGCGCGUCAGAUUCCGCCUCAACCGUGGUACUUGCAUAGCAUUCAGGGAGCUGCCCUCACUGGGUUACCUCCAUUUGCUGUUCUGUUCAUUGAACUACUCUUUGUGUUCAAGAAUUUGUGGCAGGACAAGAGUGGCUAUUACUAUGUUUUCGGCUUCCUGAGCGCUGUAUCGACGAUUGUCAUUAUCACAGUGAGCGAAGUGACCAUCAUCGCAACGCACAGCCAGCUCUGUGCUGAGAAUUAUCACUGGUGGUGGCAGAGCUUCCUGACUGGUGGAAGCAGCGCCUUCUGGGUAUUUGCCUACUGCAUUUGGUACUACUUCUUCCACCUCCACAUCACAGGCUUCGUAUCGAGUCUGCUCUUCUUCAGCUACAGCUUCCUGGCUUGUGCGGUGUACGGCUUGCUGACAGGGACCGUUGGAUUCCUGACGGCAUAUACCUUCAUCCGGCGUAUCUACAGUUCGAUCAAGAUCGAUUGA